AAGUACCAAGAGUCUUUCCCAUUAAUCGGACUCGCUAGCUGCUGCUCUGCAAUUUUCUCUCUCAUUUUCUCAAGAAAAAUAUAAAGAAAAAGCUCAAAAACAGAGGAAAAAAACACAGCACAGCUGUUUCUUGAUGUAUGUCCUUCAUCUCUGUUUCUCUCUCUAAAUAAAAGGGGUGCAGAAUAAAGUGUUUGAGGGGGAAAGAGUAAAGAGGAAAAGGGUAUUGCUUUGUGAAGGAAGACAGAAACUCAAAGGGUAUCAAUGGUGAUGGGUUUGAAGCUGGUAAUGUGGAACGUGUUGUUGUUGGAGAUGGUGUUUUUGAGCUCAUGGGUGUUUUGUGGUACAGCCUCUGUGUCAUAUGACCACAAGGCUAUCAUCGUCAAUGGGCAAAGGAGGAUUCUUAUUUCUGGAUCCAUUCACUACCCACGAAGCACUCCUGAGAUGUGGCCAGAUCUUAUUCAGAAGGCAAAAGAUGGAGGUUUAGAUGUGAUUCAGACAUAUGUUUUCUGGAAUGGGCAUGAACCCCAACCUGGCAAAUACUAUUUUGAGGAGAGGUAUGAUUUGGUUAAAUUUAUGAAGCUGGUGAAGCAAGCAGGACUCUAUGUUCAUCUCAGAAUUGGACCUUAUGCUUGUGCUGAAUGGAACUUUGGAGGAUUCCCAGUUUGGCUGAAGUAUGUCCCGGGUAUAAGUUUCAGGACCAAUAAUGGCCCUUUCAAGGCUGCAAUGCAAAAAUUCACAACGAAGAUUGUAAAUAUGAUGAAAGCAGAAAGGUUGUAUGAAACUCAAGGUGGUCCAAUUAUUUUAUCUCAGAUUGAGAAUGAAUAUGGACCCAUGGAGUAUGAACUUGGUGCUCCUGGUAAAGCUUAUUCAGAAUGGGCAGCUCAUAUGGCUGUGAAUCAAGGCACUGGAGUCCCAUGGGUCAUGUGCAAGCAAGAUGAUGCCCCUGAUCCCAUUAUUAACGCAUGCAAUGGUUUCUACUGCGAUUACUUCUCUCCAAACAAAGAUUAUAAGCCCAAGAUGUGGACUGAAGCGUGGACAGGCUGGUUUACUGAGUUUGGAGGUCCAGUUCCUUACCGUCCAGCUGAAGACUUGGCAUUUUCAGUUGCAAGGUUUAUACAGAAGGGGGGAUCUUUCAUUAAUUAUUAUAUGUAUCAUGGAGGGACGAACUUUGCCAGGACUGCUGGUGGUCCUUUUAUUGCCACUAGUUACGAUUAUGAUGCUCCUCUUGAUGAAUAUGGACUAUUAAGGGAACCUAAAUGGGGUCAUUUGAAAGAUUUGCAUAGAGCAAUAAAGCUGUGCGAACCAGCUUUAGUAUCUGGAGAUCCUUCUGUGACGCCCCUUGGAAACUAUCAAGAGGCACAUGUUUUCAAGUCAAAGUCUGGAGCUUGUGCUGCAUUCCUUGCAAACUACAACGAACAUUCUUUUGCAAAAGUAGCUUUUGGAAAUAUGCACUACAAUCUUCCACCUUGGUCUAUCAGCGUCCUCCCUGAUUGCAAGCAUACUGUUUACAACACUGCAAGGGUUGGCGCUCAAAGCGCACAAAUGAAGAUGACUCCUGUAGUUUACAAAGUAGGAUUCGAUUGGAAGUCAUACAAUGAAGAGACGACUUCAUAUGGUGACAAUACAUUUACAAUGGUCGGCUUGUUGGAACAGAUAAAUACCACCAGAGAUCAAACUGAUUAUUUGUGGUACAUGACAGACGUCAAGAUCAACCCUGAUGAAGGAUUUUUGAAGGGUGGAAAGUGGCCUUUUCUUACUGUCCUUUCGGCCGGCCAUGCUUUGCAUGUUUUUGUCAACGGUCAACUAUCAGGAUCUGUCUAUGGAAGUUUAGAAAACCCAAAACUAACUUUUAGUAAGGCUGCGAAUCUGAGAGCUGGUGUUAACAAAAUUUCGCUGCUAAGCAUUGCUGUUGGUCUUCCGAAUGUAGGUCCGCAUUUUGAGACUUGGAAUGCUGGUGUUCUUGGCCCAGUUUCACUCAGCGGUCUUGAUGAGGGGAGAAGAGACUUAUCAUGGCAAAAAUGGUCUUACAAGAUUGGUUUGGAGGGAGAAGCUUUGAGUCUUCAUUCCCUCAGUGGAAGUUCCUCUGUUGAGUGGGUUGAAGGUUCUUUUGUAGCUCAAAAGCAGCCACUAACAUGGUACAAGAGUACUUUCAAUGCUCCUGCUGGGAAUGAGCCAUUGGCUUUAGAUAUGGCUAGUAUGGGCAAAGGUCAAGUUUGGAUAAAUGGGAAAAGCAUUGGACGCUACUGGCCAGGAUACAAAGCAUCUGGUACUUGUGGGAGCUGUAAUUAUGCUGGUUGGUUCACCGAGAAAAAAUGUCUAAGUAAUUGUGGAGAGGCCUCCCAAAGAUGGUAUCAUGUUCCUCGCCCCUGGCUGAAUCCUUCAGGAAAUUUGUUGGUUGUUUUUGAAGAGUUGGGUGGAAAUCCAUAUGGAAUCUCUUUGGUGAAAAGGGGGAUAUCGAGUGUAUGUGCUGAUAUUUUUGAGUGGCAACCAACUCUAAUGAAUUGGCAGAUGCAAGCCUCAGGUAAAGUCAACAAGCCCCUGAGGCCUAAGGCCCAUCUCUCGUGUGCUCCUGGUCAGAAAAUCUCCUCAAUCAAAUUUGCUAGUUUUGGAACUCCAGAGGGGGCUUGUGGAAGCUUCCGGGAGGGUAGUUGUCAUGCCCAUAAUUCCUACGAUGCUUUUGAAAAGGUAUAUUAAUUUAUUGCAGUUUAUACCACGUGUUUUGGAAUACUAUACUAUAGUCCAUUAUUUAUUUAUUAUGGUUCGGGCUUAGUUGUGCCAUUUCGUUUUUUGCUCAUGGCGUGGAAUUAGGACAACAGGUUAUUCAGUUAUCUUAACAGCUCUCUAUUAUAUCUGUGUUUUUCCUAGUUUCAUUUUGCUUCUUUGAUGGCCGAUGAAUGCAUGAAGAUAAAACUCCCAUUUCCAUGAAACCACCUGUUACACGUUUCAAAUCAGGUCUUCUAGCAGAACCAGUUUUAAGAUGCUUUCCAAGAAUUUAAGCAGCUGCAUUAGACCCGAGCUAUAUUAUGUUACCUUAUGUGGCCAUAUUUUCCCAUUGAGUCAUUGCUCCAAUCCUAUGUUCUUUUCCAUUAUUUGAUGCAUGAUUUUUCAACCUUGCAGUACUGCAUUGGGCAGCAAUCAUGCUCAGUAACUGUAGCACCAGAGCUCUUUGGAGGAGAUCCAUGUCCUAAUGUCAUGAAGAAACUUUCUGUGGAGGCCAUUUGCAGCUGAUAACCCAAAACCAACAAAGGAGUGCGUAACAAUUGGUCCCAGUUUAGUUGGUCCUUCGAUUCAAAUUUUCAAACAUUUUUGAAGUAGCCACUACGCAUCCAAGAUCGCCACGACCAUGCAUUUUAUCUUUGCCAGGGUGAAGUUGUAUAGAUAUACAACACACCAUUCAGUUCAAAGCCCAUACAGAUCGUAAGGGAGAGAGUAAUGUAUAUAUAAAGUAGCUGUUGUCUGUCAAUUAUUGGCCUGCAAUUGUAAUACCAAAGCAUGGUUUAAGGGGUUUACAUGCACAUUGAGACUCUAAAACUAGAGUCCAUGUGCAAAUUGUCUUUAGUCUUAGCAUGAAAGCUUUUGGCUUUUAGGGAUUUCAAACUUUAUUUCCAGUGUAUAAGCAAUAGUCUUCAUUGCUUUGUCCUUGCAAGAACGCUUGGAAUAGUAAUAAUAUCAUCAGACAUCUCAUUCAAAUGUCUCAAUUUACAUUCUUCUACCAUAUAUACCCUUGUGUAAGCAUGUCAAGCAACUCGUGUUCGGUUUGGAUUUG